UCUUGGUUUUUAUUUCCUAGUGGAUCUCACAGGGCUGACCACAGAGCUAACUGGGCUGAUUUUCAUCCUGUCACCAGAAAGUGGACUAUCUGGGUCUUCAUGAAGGAUGCUGUGAUUUUGAAACCAGGUCACCUGGAACCUGGGGCUGCCCCAGCUCUCUCAGGACUUGGCAGACACCGGAGGUGGCAGUGAAGGAGACAGUGGUGGUCAAUGUUAUUUGAGCAGGGUCAGCAGGCCCUGGAGCUUCCCGAGUGCACGAUGCAGAAGGCUGCUUACUAUGAAAACCCAGGACUCUUUGGAGGCUAUGGCUACAGCAAAGCCACUGACACAUAUGGCUACAGUGCCCCCCAUCAGCCUUUUCCACCCCCUACUGCUGCCAACUCUCUGGACACUGAAUACCCAGGUUCUGCCUGCUCCAUCCAGAGCUCUGCACCUCUGCGAGCGCCAGCCCACAAGGCAGCUGAACUCAAUGGCAGCUGCAUGCGGCCUGGCACUGGGAACAGCCAGGGUGGGGGUAGCAGCCAGACUCCUGGUCUGAACUCAGAGCAGCAGCCACCACAGCCCCCUCCUCCACCACCAACCCUGCCACCUUCCUCGCCCACCAAUCCUGGAGGUGGAGUGCCUGCCAAGAAGGUCAAGGGUGGGCCCAAUGCUUCUGGCUCUUCAGCCACCAUCAGCAAGCAGAUCUUCCCUUGGAUGAAAGAGUCCCGACAGAACUCCAAGCAGAAGAACAGCUGUACCACUGCAGGAGAGAGCUGCGAGGACAAGAGCCCGCCGGGCCCAGCGUCCAAGCGGGUGCGCACCGCGUACACGAGUGCACAGCUGGUGGAGCUGGAGAAGGAAUUCCACUUCAACCGCUACUUGUGCCGGCCACGCCGCGUGGAGAUGGCCAACCUGCUAAACCUCACCGAGCGCCAAAUCAAGAUCUGGUUCCAGAACCGGCGCAUGAAGUACAAGAAGGACCAGAAGGCCAAGGGCAUCCUGCACGGAAGCCCCGUGUACGUGGGCGGUAACUUCGUCGACUCCAUGGCACCCGCGUCCGGGCCGGUCUUCAACCUGGGCCACCUCUCGCAUCCGUCUUCGGCCAGCGUGGACUACAGUUGCCUCCCUCGCCCUGUCCUGGUCGCUGCCUCCCCGGUUUCGGGCCAACAGCGGCCCGAAGUGCAGGCGACCGGGCCUCCCCUCCAGGCGCGCCCUCCUUUGGGUGAUUCGCCAUAA